GUAGCUUACAGUUAAUCGACUAUGUUGAAAUUAACAAGUAUAUUCUUCAGUCGGACCCGCUGAAAACCUGAUAGUCUCCAAACAAGGAAAUGGAUUUCCAGAAGCGGCUAUUAGAUGUAGGCAAGGCCCUGAGUAAGGAUGAGGUAAAAGCUUUGGUAUUUCUUUGCACUGACCUCCUGAGCCGGAGCUCGACCUCAGUGGAGUUGGCCAGUGAUCUCUUCUCCCGUCUGGUGGAUCAAGACCGCCUAUCACCUGAGCAACCACAGCUGCUGACCGAGCUUCUCCAAACCAUCCAACGCACCCGUCUGCUCCGUAAUCUCUGCCUCAAUAACCAAACCAGCAACCUUAUCUCUCCUUACAGGAAGCUGCUUUACGACCUUUCUGAAGACAUUACUGAUGAUGACUUAAAACAAGUGAAGUUUUUGUUAAACAAAGAACUCCCGCGAAGGAAACUGGAUGAAAAUGUUACGACACUGGAAGUCUUUCUAGAAAUGGAGCACUUGGACCUCAUUAGCAACACAGAUCUAAGUUUACUGGAGAGCAUAUUGGACUCUGUCUGCCCCGUGUUGAAAGAAAAGAUCAACCAGUUUAAAGCAACUCAGGAGAGGUCUUCUGGUCAUGUAGCCCAGGAGAUAGGCCAACCAAUGUCUGUGUCCGAUCCUUUUGAGCAAAACCAGGUCCCCCUGCCUUUAGUGGCUGAAAGUACUGCUUCACAUGAAAGACCAGCAUUGCAGCUGUCGCCUGAGUUUUCAAGGAAUAUGGCCUCCACCUCUGUAGAUUAUCCAAAUACAUUACGUGGUGGAGAUGAACAUGAGGGCCUGUCACAAGGCAUGAGAGAAUUAAGCACCAGAACAAGCGACUAUGACUCCUCAGAAGAGAGAACUGAUGCUGUUGAAAUGUUGCUGCCUCAAGAAGACAAGACUUCCACUAAACCAAAAACCUUCCGACCUCAGACUGCAAACAAAGAUGAUGAGGGUUUGGGAACGUAUCCAAUGACUUCAGCAAAGAGAGGCAUCUGCUUGAUAGUAAACAACGAGAACUUCGGAGGUGGUCUCAAAAGGCGGGAGGGGACCAUGGUUGAUGAAAAUAAUCUGGACAUUGUGUUUAAGUGGCUGGGCUUUGACAUAGUCAUACGGAGAAAUUGUACGAGUGGGCAGAUGCAGUCCAUCAUGCAGGAGCUCGCGAGCCAAAACCACAGUCAGAUGGACUGCCUGGUGUGCUUCAUUCUUAGCCACGGUCAAGAGCAAAGUGUGUAUGGCGUGGAUGGCAACACCGUAGAGCUCCAGGACCUGAUGGAUCCUUUCAAUGGAUCUCGGUGCUCCACUUUGGCAAACAAACCCAAGAUGUUUUUCAUCCAGGCCUGCCAGGGUACCCGUGAGCAACAGCCGGUCUACAUCCAGACUGAUUCCGGUACAGGAAGCCAUGUGUCCAGAGACUCUAAAAUAUUUACCCCGUCAUUCAAGGGAUCGAAACAACAGCCAACAACUAAAAGUUCCAUCCCAUCCAAUGCAGAUUUCCUGAUGGGAAUGGCAACAGUUCCUUCUUUCGUCUCAUUCAGAGAGAGGAGUAAUGGCACGUGGUUCAUUCAGUCACUGUGCCAAAACCUUGUUCAGAUGGUGCCAGGGGGGGCUGAUAUUGUGUCUAUUCUGACAAAAGUGAACGCAGACGUCAGCAAGAAGACUGAUUACACCGGACAAAGAAAGCAGAUGCCUCAACCAACCUUCACACUCAGGCACAAAGUGGUCUUUCCGAUCCCCAUAGACCCUCCAUCCAUCCUGCUUUGACAACAAUCACUGGCCACUGGUUUGAUUGACCUGAACAUUAAUGGCAUGAAGUGUUGCCAUUGCACGUUCAUUGUUUAAAAUGUGGUGUUAUAAAGCAGUAUCCAAAUGAGUGUUACAAUGUUUUUAUGAUGACACCUAAACCAGCUCCAUUUGCUGAUGAAGACUGUGACACGUGGUUGAAAACUCACAAAAGGCUUGUAAGUGGAGCUUGAGUUUAAGAUGAUUUUGUCACAGAAUGAUUUUAUUAGUUUGUGUAAAACUGUUAUAGCUGGAUGAUCCCUUAAUUCCACUCCAGCAUUACCAAAACUGAGGAUUUUUAUCAUGAUUUUUAAUUUAAUGUAAUGCAUGAGCUGGGCGUGCACAUUGAUCCGGCAGUAAAUUAAACAUCUGUAUGAUAUAAAGUUUAUUUUUUUCUAUACAAUCUAACUCCUAUUUUUAUAUCUAUAUGCUGAACAGGCACUAUUACAGUCCUGAUACCUCUAGCAGAAUAGUGGGUAUAUCCCCCAAAUGUGAUUGCAAUAUUGUUACUUUUGUCAUUUAAUGUAACUAUACAGUUGUCACAGAAACAGUUGAAAAAAAAGCACUUUUCUGUCAAACA